GAGUAGAAGAAGAAGCACGAGCAGUAGCACUACUCCUACUACAACAACAACAACACUUGUUGGAAUUGUGUUAGUCAGCUGUCUCUGACGCACUUUGCGCCAGCUAGUUUGAAGAAGUCCACGUGUAUUUCACCGUUUAAAAAGAUCUGAGAAUUUUCGCAGAAAGUUUGCCAAUGGCGGUAAACUGGACGGCGAAAAUUUCCGCUUUCUCCCAUAAUCCCUCCCGAUUCAUCUCCUCAAAAUCGGCGGAGACUUUCCUCGCGGAGUUGCUCCGUGAGCUCCGAGAUGACAGAGUCACCGACAGUACCAAGGUCUGUCUGCUGUCCCCUCUAUGUGAGCAACCGGCCCUCCUCUGUCCCACAGUCUCUGUUGGGGAGGAGACAGUCCUGGAGCUCCUGUCAGUGUUUGCCCACUGUCCAGAUACAUGUGUUCAAUUCCGCAGCUGCCUGCUCGUCACGCUGACCUCUGUCCUCAUCUGUACCUUUUGUGCGAGCAACACAAUAAAUGUAUGCGUGGACGUCCUGGAUCUGCUCCUUCAGAUAGUGCAGGACACCUCUGACCUACAUAGUGACAGCUUUCUUCUCUUUCGAGCUACAGCAUGCGAAAGCCUACAAGAGCUGGAGACCUGCUGCCCCAACCUUCUUUCUAAGCGCCUUGAGCUCAUAGGUGGACUUUGGGCCAAAGAAACCUCAAGACUUCACCAGCCCUAUGCAAGACUCCAUACGCUGGUGUUGAAAAACUGUGUUUAUCAGCUCGCCUCGGAUCCUGGAUCUGGUGAUGAGCAUCUAAAAAUACUCGUAGGGGAAAAUACAAUGGUCAACUGGGAAGCAGACCAGGAAUUAGUUCAACCAGAUGAAGACUCAGCCAUCUUAUCCUCCCUUAUAAUGGGUCAAAUGGGAACAGUGCCGAUUCUUCACACUGGGCGAGACUGCAAGGAUUUGCGUUCCGUCAUGUCUGCCAUCCUGGAGAAUUCUUUUCUACUCACUCCACUGUGUCAAGCGGAAGUUCUACACAAACUGAUGGAGAUGGUUGCCAUGGUGCCUGUUGUCCCCCCAUCCAUAUUUCGAGUUCAGCUUCUGCGCAUGCUUGGAACCAGUGAGGUUUGCCUUGUUCAUACUACUCUGCUGAUGAAGUAUGCCUAUACGGACAGCCUGUUCAGCACCGAUGACGAAGCUUUCAUCCUGAGACGAUUGGUUGUCCUCUCCCAGCAUCCAUUGCUAAGUAUAGCGGAGAAGCUUUUCUUCAUGGACUAUGUUCUGCAUUUUCCUGAGAACAGGCCAAUCGGCUGCGGAAAUGGGAACGAAACCCCCCCCGUGUUGCUAACUCCCCAGUUAGCAUGUACUCUAGCACCCACUGUAUUUGAUGAUUCUACUACAAUGCUGGGCCGCUUCAAUCUGCUGUUGCUGAUCUACCAGGAGGAGGGUGAGAAAGAUGGCGAGGAAGGCAAGGGUAUGGUCUAUCUCUGUGAACACCUCAGCUUGCUACUCCACAUUGUGGUGAGAGGACACAGUCGAGAGAUUGUUGUCAUGUUUUUCAGAGCAGUUUUCCUUUUUCUCGUCUAUUUUUGCCACGUGGAGAGAUACUCGAAUAGUAUUGCAGAUAAACUAUGUAUGCUUUAUCACCGUCAAACCCACCUGGCUCUACACAUCCUCAACCUGGCUGAUCAGACUUCUGACUUGUUCCCUGAAUGUAAUUGGGCUACAAGACUCUGCAGGGCCCUGCAGGGCAUUAUCACCGAGGCUCCACUUGGUCAGCUUAAUGCAACAGACCUCAGUUGGCACCUUAAGGUGCUGACUCGGGUGGCAGAAGAAGGGCAAAUCCCUCAGCUGAGCACGCUCCGACUACUUUCCAACGUCGUCAUUACACCGUCACUGUGCGUGAGUAGCGACUGGCGCCUGGGAAACUGUGUGCUUGGGCUUUGCCGGCGCUUAAUGACGCAUCCCAGCCUGGACUCGCUAUUUACCACUCUGGCCAACAUCCUGCAACAUAUCGUCUGUUGCUAUGGCGACGCAGACAUUCAAGAUCAUGCCCAACUAUACUACUGUCUCCUGACUACUCUCUCCAAAGAAAAAUUGACUGGGAUUGUAACACAAGGUUUGAGGGAAGAAGGACACAAUGUCAAACACUCACUGUCCUGCAUCAUGGCAGACACAGAGAGACUCACUAGUGUGCUAACCAUUCACCAGACGGAUAAACCAGUAUUGAGGCUGGUCGAGUUAAAAUAUCCUGAGCCACAGGGGAGAAACAAAUCUAGUCUGGAAAGUUACCCCAGCCCCAGUGAGGCACAGGACUGCCCGGGACUUGAAGCAUACAGGGCUCAGUUCCAAGACUCUUGCUUCGGCUCGCAGAUUACCUUGCGCUACCAGCUCAAUCAUACCAUGUGCAACCUCCUUUCCUGCUUCGAUCGGGUUUUCAGCAUACACCUGCACUUUAGCUUAAGGGACAACAACUAUGAAGAACUCAGUGACUUCAAUGUCCCUUUUCUUUUUAGAGAGAGACCGUCUCCUGUGGUCAAACUUAGGUUGAAGCCCAGGUUGCCUAUCCCCACCACCCUCAGUGGCAGUGCCAUUUUCAGCACGUUGAAUGGCCUUUCUUGGCACACCACGCUGCCAGACAUCCACGUGUGUUUUCGGCAAGCCUUUCUGCCAUUGACUGUUCCUCCUACUUGGGGAACAGUUGUUAAAUUGGGUAUUUUUGAGGGCCUCUGGGAUGAAAUAAAUGUGGAAGAACAAACAGAUUAUGUUACCACCUUGUUUUGUUGCCAGCUGAAAGCAGGGGAACUCGGGUCUGUGGUGGAAAAACAUCUGCUGCACCCCUUCAUUAUAUCAGAAUCAGCCAAUAGAGUUGAAUUCAAAGUGAUUUUUUUCAUCCCCCCACAAUUUCACAUACUGAUGAAAGUCAUUUCAGAAGAGGAUGCUGUGCAAUUCAAUAUUGCUACAGAUAAUUGGCGACUGCUGCCUCACAUCAGUUCUUUUCUUGGUAACCUUCUAACGUCCUUGCCAGAAACGGUUCCCAGUAACCCAUGA